GAGAAAAAUAUUUUCCAUACUCGAGGAAGAAUUUUUCAUUUGCUUGCCGGAGAUAUAGAUUUAGUCAUUCAGUGAUUGUUAAGACUCCAAAGUGCACGGAAGCGUUUUUGGGGAAAUAUUCCGUCGCGAUUUUUCUCGUCGUCCGUACUCACAGAUGUUUUUGGCACAAAUAGAUUUUUGAAAUUGAAAAAAAAGAAGAAAAAUUCUGAAAAAAGAAGAAUAAUAAAAAAGAUUCGAAGCUGAAUCCGAGAGUUGUAUGCAGUCGGAUGGAAAAUUUAAUUGAGCAUUUAAUUGCCCGUUGAUUGAUGACCAAAGUCAAAGCGAAAAGCAAUUUUGCUGCGUGGGGCGAGGGUUACAGCAAGUUACAAUACUGCGUGUUGCCCCCAUGAGUGCGUGUGUUUUUUGUUAAGUGUUGAGUUCGACUUUUUUUGAUUGUAUUUUCAAUUUGUUUUUUUGGAUUCUGGCUCCAUCUGGGGGGAGGGGGUGGUGAAUCUGUGCGUUUCGCUUUGGCAAAAUUUAUGUUCGCGGAUGGAUAAAGAGCGGGUUUGAAUUGUUGUUUGUUUUUAAAUGCGUAAAAUGAAUGAUUUUUCAAAUUGAUGCAAUGGUGAAUGAAGUCCUCGAAUUAAAUUCAAAUUCUGAUUUAAUUUUUGAGUCACAAGGUUUGUUGGCCUUAGCCAGUGGUAGUAGUAGUCAUUGUGCUGGCAAAAGGAAUCUGAAUCUGAGGCCUGAAGAGAACAACCAUCAUCAUCAACAACAACAUCAUCAGCAGCAUCAGCGGGAACGUCAUUUUUUAGAUUCAGACGGUGAAGGCGACAACGACCACGACGACAACAACAUCAACAUCGACGAACGUAGUCCACAUGAAAAUUUGAGCUGGACCUUUUUCGAAGAGAUCUCAUCAUUGGAUAAACAUCUUCGAAGUGAGACCAUCAUCCCAUCAAACGAGCAGCCGGUGGAUACUUCGCAAAAUGAUGACGAAAAUAUUGCCGCCGAUGUUGUGGCACUUUUGAGUCACCGGAUUUGCUCGUUAUGAAUGCAAGGACUUCGCCGGCUUCAUCAUUUACAAAUAACAAUAACAACAUAAGCAACAACAACAAUAAUAUCAAUCGCAGCCUCAAGGCUCAAGUCUUCUCGAAAAGUCCAAAUUUCGUUCGAAAAUCAUUGUACGAAGACAACGGCAGCACUUGCAAUAUAAUUGGCAACACUGGAGCUUGCAGUGGUGGUGGAAGUUUUUCUGAGGCGGGUGAUAUUGCAGAAAUCCUGCGGAAUGCCGAUGACGCGAUGAUAGGUGACACCGGAACAACAAGAUCUGAACGAAUUCCAAGGCAAUCAGGGGCGGCAUAUGUGUCAGGGGUAGAUUUGGGGGAUCGACAACAUCAUAAUCAACUACUUCAUCAUCAGGCAACAACUUCAAGGGCUUUUACCGAAAACCAUCAACAUCAGCAUCAGAGACCGCAACAACCGCAAAAGAAGUUGCCCAAUAUGGGGGCGGCGGGGAGAGGUCAUCGAAUUGGGGCGAGCAGUUUUGCCGAUGGAAUCGAUUAUCACUUGGGACUUAUGGGAUGGCGUAAAAAAUGCCUUUACACACUUAUACUUGUUCUUAUGCUACUGAUAAUCGUUAAUUUAAUUCUAACACUGUGGAUAUUGAAAGUCAUGGAGUUUUCUUCGGAAGGCAUGGGCCAGCUUAAAAUUGUUCCUGGCGGCAUUCAGCUAACUGGUCAAGCGUUAAUAAUGGAUCUGCUUCGGGCUUCGACAAUACGUUCCAAACACGGUCAACCCAUAUCUAUAGAGUCAUCACGUAAUUUCUCCAUCAAUACACGUGACACGAAUGGCAUCCUGGAGAAUCAUUUAUUCUUGGGACACGAUAAGCUCGAAUGCCUUUCGACGGGAUUCCAAAUCAACGACACUACCGGUCGAAAUUUAUUUUCUGUUACUCGGGAUGAGGUCUCUAUCGGGGCGCACGCAUUACGUAUCGAUGGCGAGGGUGGUGCCAUCUUUCGAGAGUCCAUACAAACACCGCAUGUACGUGCCGAAGCUGGUCGAGAGUUAAGAUUUGAAUCACCAACACGUCAACUGGAGAUGACAGCAGCAAAAGAUAUAAAUUUACAAUCAAGAGCUGGAGGCAUAGAGUUAUCUGCACUCAACGAUGUCAAGUUGAGUGCACUUGACGGAUCGAUACGUCUUGAAUCGGCUAAAAUUCUAAUGCCAAAUCUAAGAACAGCUCAACCUCCAAUACCUGGUGCUGGACAAAGUCGUGAGCACAUGCAUAGAGUCUUCCAAUUAUGCGCAUGUUCCAAUGGAAAAUUAUUUCUAGCAUCUCCCCAUACAAUUUGCGCUGGUGAUGAUACAACAGUUUGCAGAUGAUCCGAAAGUUAAAUUUAAAACCCACCAAAUAUUUAAAAUUUUAAAAACAAAAAAUAAACAACAAAUAUCAUAGAAGCUCUUAAUGAUUCGAAAUCCAAAAUUAAAAAAAAAAAAUAUUUAUUAAAUAUAAUAUAGAUUAUAUAAAAUAAGAGUUAUAAUUUAUUAAAAUUUUAAUUUAAUUUUGUAAAUAAAUUUUAAAUAUAAAAAUAGUUAAAUUAUGUAAGUAAAAUUCAAAAUAAUGUAUAAUAGAUUAAAAUUAUAGGUAAACAAAAUAAAAUAAAUAGUAACAUAAGAACCACUUACAAGAGGCCUAUUAGAAUUUAUAAAAUUUGUAAAUUAUAAAAUUAACUAAAAUAUAUAAUUAAAUAUAUAUACAUAAAUACAUAUAUCAUCGAUAAAAUAAAUAAUAAAAAUAUAAACAACAAUUGAAAACAAGAAAAAAACAACUUUGGCAAUAAAAACAAAAAUAAAUAUUUGAAUAUGUGGAAAAACGAAAAUUAUCAAAAAAUCAUACUAAUAUUUGUCUAUUAAAAUAAACUAAAAAAGAUACAUCAUAUCUGAAAAUAUAAAAAUAUACAUAAAAAGGGAUAUUAGUUUUAGACUAAAGUAAUUUAAAAAAAAGAAAACACAAAACUAUAACCAAACAAAAUGAGCUUCUUUUGCAAUUUUGGACAGAAAAAUAGUUAAGAUACAAAAAUAUAGGGAAAUGGUAAAUAAAUCAAUUAAAAUAUCUUAAAAAAAAUUAUUAAAUGUUCGAAUAUAAAAUAAUUUAUUAUUUAUGAUUGUUACAAAUUUAGCAUAGAAAAAUAUAUUUAUUUAUAUUAUUUCUAAUUAAGAAAAUUAAUCAAUUGCUGUCCAAUAUAAAUUUUGUUUUUUCAAACGGUCCGUUCCCAAGAUGGGAUAUCAAAUAUAAAAACAAAAACUUGGUACGUUUACAACGAAAAUGAAAAGGAAUGCGCUACUUUCUUUAUCAAUUAAUAUUAUUAUGUCUCUUAUUAAACAUCUGCAAUCUACGUAUAAUCAAAAAAUAUAUCGAAAAAAAAAAACUAAAUUAUAAAAAUGCAUAAAUAAAUUGAGAAAAGGGUAAUUUUUAAUGUAAAAUAUGUGUUAUUUUAUUUUUUAAAACUUCGAUUGUAACAUAAAUUUAAGUAAAUAAAUUUAAGCAUGGAUUUUUUUUUUAAUUUAUGUAGUUAAAGAUUAUUAUUUUUAAACUUACGGCAAUCAUAUCAAUUUAAAAAAAAAACUAUAUAAUACAAAAUUAAUGUAGCGAUGAUAAAUUUAAAUACAUAAAAAUAGCUUUAUGUAUGUAACCAAAAUUUUAAUAUUGGGCAAUCAAGUAACUAAACUAGCCUUAAACAUAAAUGUUUUAUUUAUCCACUUCAUUUUUUAAAAUUCUCUAUCAGCUAUUUAUUGUUAUUCGUUAUGAGCAAAUUAUUUUUAAGUUUUAUUUACUUUAUAGAAUAAAUUUAAUUGAACCAAAUGUAUAGAAAUUUUCUACACAAAGUGUAAAAUAAUGCAAAAACAAAAGCACAACAUCACUAUACAGAAAAAUAAAACAAAAACAAAAUAUUGUAAAAUAGAAUUUGUUAAUAUUAUUAAAAAUAAAAAUAAAAUAAGUUUGAACAAAAAGCAAGAGAAUUAUAUAAGAAUGUAAAAAACCAAAACUAAAAUGAAACAAAAAUUUAAUAAACAAUAUAAAAAUA